CUUGUUUUCAUAGUAUCAACCCAAAAGGAACAUUAACUUUUUCAAAUAUUUCAAUAUUUUCAUUUGUUUUUUUCCCCUUGACAAACAUUCAUUUGUGUCUUCUGUUGAUCCAAACAGAUUCUCUUCUCUGUUUAAUAUUUGAAUGCAUUUCAUGUAUUUUCUUCGUUUCUCAAUGAGAUCAAUCUCAAAAACCAAAUUUAUGAAGCUUUUGAUUCUAACCUUAAUCACAAUUCUAACAAACAUACAUUCUUGAGACAAAAAUCUGCUAGAAUUCAAAAAAAAUGGGCCUUCUUUCUCACAAACACCUGUUCUGUUUGUUCCUUGUAACAUUUGCACUAUUGAUAUCAACCAGAUUAUUAGUCUUAAGAUCGACCGUCAAGCCAUCGACUCUCGAUAUCAACAUACUCCCGAACCCAAACCUUCUUACAUCACCCGAAAAAUCGAAUCUUGAGAAAAAAUGCACGAAAAACGAUCAAAUACUCAAGGUCUUCAUGCACAACUUGCCCUUCCAAUUCCAUUUCGGGCUAAUGGGCUGGCGUGGCUCGGGCCUUACCGUGUGGCCCGAUAUCCGGGCCCAAGUGCCUGAAUACCCAGGCGGGUUAAAUCUGCAACACAGCAUAGAAUACUGGCUUACUCUUGAUCUCCUGAGCUCGGAAUUUUCAAACAAUCUGACCGGACGUACAGCUGUCAGAGUACAAAACUCGGCUGAAGCUGACGUCAUAUUCGUCCCGUUUUUCGCAUCCAUAAGCUACAAUCGUUAUUCCAAGAAGUUGAAGCCCGACCAAAAAAGCCCGAACGAUUUAUUGCAGGAAAAGCUCGUCGAGUUCUUGACGUCUCGGAAGGAGUGGAAGAGGUCCGGGGGAAAAGACCAUGUGAUCGUGGCCCACCACCCGAACAGCCUCUUGUACGCAAGGAUGAAAUUAUGGCCCGCGAUUUUUGUUCUCGCGGAUUUCGGAAGGUACCCGAAGAGCGUUGCGAAUGUCGACAAGGAUUUGAUUGCGCCUUACAUGCAUUUAAUCCCAAGUUACUCGGAUGAUAGUUCGGGCUACGAUGGACGGCCGACUUUGCUUUAUUUUCAGGGGGCUAUCUAUAGGAAAGACGGAGGAUUGAUCAGGCAAGAGUUAUUCUACAUGUUGAAAGACGAAAAAGACGUGCAUUUCUCGUUCGGUAGCAUCCAAGGAGACGGUAUAAACCUAGCCGCACAAGGCAUGCGAAAUUCGAGAUUCUGCCUAAAUAUAGCCGGGGACACGCCCUCGUCUAACCGUCUAUUCGACGCCAUAGCCAGCCACUGUGUGCCAGUUGUCAUAAGCGACGAAAUCGAGCUUCCAUUCGAGGACAUUCUAGAUUAUUCCGAGUUUUGCGUAUUCAUGCGCGCCUCGGAUGCCGUAAAGGAGAAUUUCUUGAUCGAUUUCGUUAGGAGUAUCGGGAAGGAGGAGUGGACGAGGAUGUGGAUGAGGUUGAAAGAAGUCGAGAAGUUUUUCGAGUAUCGACACCCAUCGAGAGAGGAUGAUGCAGUCCAGAUGAUCUGGCGAUCGGUUUUGCGGAAGGUUCCGGAGAUCAAGAGGAAGGUUCAUAGGGCCGAUCGGUUUUUGCACACGGGUGUUCGAGGGGAAAUCGGACUUAGAUCGGCAGCCGUGCCUAGAAACUUCUGGUGAAAAGUAGUUUAGAGCUUCAGGUGAAAGAGGAACUGUACAUUAUUUUUAUUUUUUUUUCUUUUUACAAUGUUGUAAAGGAGGGAAAAUUACAGAUAAAACUUGUUCAAAUAUUACCUUGAUUUUGUUACUUUGUGUUGUGG